AUGAAAUUAUCCCCACAUGAAUAUGUCCCCAUAAUUCUUUUAAGAAAUUUAAGUCCACCAAAAUUAUGCAAUGGUACUCGGCUCAAAGUAGUUGCUCUUCAGAGACAUGUGGUUGAGGCAGAGAUACUUACCGGUUGCGGUGCGGGUGAGAAAGUUUUUAUUCCACGAAUACCGAUUAUUCCGAAUAACUUUCCGUUUCGUUUUAAACGGAUCCAACUGCCGGUCAGUGUUUGCUUUGCAAUGACGAUAAAUAAGGCACAGGGUCAAACGCUACGCAGAGUAGGCGUUGACCUUACGAACAGCUGCUUUUCACAUGGGCAGCUCUAUGUCGCAAUGUCGCGUAUCAGCGAUCCCACUAAUUUGUUUAUUUUAGCACCACAAAACAAAACGGCGAACGUUGUUUAUGAAGAGGUCCUUUGUUAA